GUGGUUCAGUUCAGUUAGAGGGAGAGAGUGAGGGGGGAGGAAGGACGCAGAAUGGCGACCGUGCAGUGCCACAAAUGCACGGUAGAAAGGAGAGGGUUUCGGCGGGAACUUGAUUCUUGGCGACAUAAAUUGAUACACUGCAUUGGGUUUGAAAGCAUCCUAGAAGGCAUCUAUGGCCCAAUGCUGCUGAGGGACCUCAAUGUAUUUGAUGACUGUGAACCCGAAGAAGUGGAGGAUUGGUCCCCAGAGUCAAGCUGCUCUCAGUGUUCAUUCUGCAACCUUCCGCUGGACCAACUCAGUGAUCAAGUACCCGCAGCCACGUCGCCUCUCUCCUCCCCCUCUGAUUACUCUCCCUGUCAGGCUCCAAGUAUCUCUGAGAGCAGCCAGUCAGCUCACAGGUUUCUUCAAGCUGUGUUUAACAAGAAAGAUGCUCCCCUGGGCUGCGAGUCCACCAUCCCUCUGGUUGCUCAGGAGCUGAUGAAGAAGAUGAUACAUCAGUUUGCCAUGGAUUAUGCAUCCAAGUGUCUACAACACACCAGUACAAAUGGUGUCAGAACAAGGACACCCUCACCUUUGUCAGAAACGUCAGAUGCCCCUCUGGACCUCACAGUGAGCCGAACUCAAGAGGAGAGAGAGAGUGAACAUGAACUAGAUGGCGUGCUCGACCUCUCAAACAGGAACUCUGCCAGCUCAGCAACUUCAUCAUCAUCAUCUAAUAACAAAACCUUUGGCUCCUUGCUACCAUCAUUUAAAGGAGACCGGGGACUGCAAGGGAAUAAGUGUCGUCAGAUAUCAGCGUUGGAUGCUGUUGUCCGGGCACUUUGCCCUGCACACCGUUCCUUACUCUACCAGAUGUUGAAGCAGGCACAACAGGAAAAUUUGCUGUCUUUGCUUAAUCGUCGACCUGCAGGUCAAGCUGAAUCUUACUGCUGUCAAUGUGGUGUAAACCCACCGGAUAAAGGUAUCCCUCAUGCACUCACAUGUAGUGAACGUAAAGCCAAUAACAGCAGCCUAUACUACCCUUUAAUGGAUUGCGAUGAUCAAGGUCAUGGCAACACAAUGUUCCAUUCUGGAGACUCAAAGUCCAAUUGUAGCAUCCAUCUUUACCCUUUAAAUGACUGUAAAAAUGAUGGUUCUCUGGGUUCAAACUACUGCUGUGUGCACAGAUGCAGGAUGGAAACCUACACUGUUUUGUGCCCCAAGAGGCUGCACUGCCUUUCCUGCCAAAGCCUGGCUGUAGGUCCCAUUAACAACAUUAUGUGUUCAUUUACAUCCGCUCCUACAUUAUCCAAAUCCCCUUCACUGUGCACUCCCUCCUCUAGUUCAUGCCCUUCCUCAUCGAUCUGCUGUAACCCACACACCCCCCACUCUUGUCCCUGUUAUUCGAACCAUGCCUGUCCGUUGCAGGACAGGAGCACAAUAGAAAGAGGGAUAGUUGACGGGGAUCCUCCUGUCCUGAAAAGAGAGCACAGCCCCUCCCCUCCUCCACUUUCUCCUAUCCCCUCAGACAUCAGUAAGAAAACUGAUGAAAAGCCACCCGCACUCCUUCAACAUAGGCAAGACCAAGAAACUGACACAUCUGUUAAAAAUAAUAUUGUAAAUGUAAGCCAACAGAAAAAAGAGGUGCUACAGUGCAGUACUCUAAGACGUAGUCAUACUGAGCAGAGCCCAAAUGGGAUUUUGCUGCAGGACGUUGUGAAUCGCUUCAGUGAGAAACUAGAGACAAUCAAACCUCUAGAGAAAGACCCAACUGCUGUUUCUACAGACUUUAAUGCCUCUGAAAAGGAGAAGCUGCAGUCUCCUUCUACCAGCCAGGACUUGCAGUUUCCUGCUGAUGCCCAUCUCACUGAAAUAAUCACCAAAGUGCUUCACAAAGGCAAUGGCAGUGACUACAAUCUAAGUGAGCUGUUCAAUCGCCAUGAUAGUGAAAAGCCCAAAUCACCCAACACCCGCUCCCGCCGUCGCCAGGAAGUCCUUGCAGCUAUAGCAACACCUGCUGAUGACUCUGCAACCAGAAGACAUUCUUUACAGAGUAAACGGGAGUUGGCCAUGCUUUAUCAGUCCUGCAAUAGAAAAAAGGCUCCACCAGCAAAGAAGGCAAAAUUAAAUGACGGAAAGGUUACUGUAACUACAACAUACACGUCAUCAGACUCUAGCCUAGUUAAAGGGAAGUCUCAAAGAGAAAUAGAACUCAAACAUUUAGCGAAUCAUAAGGUUGAGGAUAUAUCACUGGGCAUGUUCUCUGCAGAAGUCAAAGAUGAGAUUGAAACUGUUGUAGUAACAGAAGACAUUCUGAUCCUUAAAGCAGAGGAAAAUGAAAGGGAAUUGUCGUGUGAAGAAAAAGAUAUUCUCUUCAACACUCAGACACCCACAACUGAACUGCAAACAUAUGGCAAAGAACUCUCCAAGGGUCAUGGCACACAAACACUACCACGGAUAAUGACAGUGACCACAACCUCAGUAAAACAGUGUGUCGGGCCUUGUAAAGAACAUGGAGAGGUUAACAGUGCUGGGGGUGAAGAGGACCAUGAAGAAUCCCCAUCAGGUCAAAACCCUGACAGUAAAAAUAGACUAGAUAAAAAUUGCCAUAUUCCUGUUAGAGAGAGGCAGAAAUCAAAUCAUUCCAAGGAGGUCAGAAGGUCAAGGAGAAGCAUAGUCCCUCCACAGCGGUUCUCCUCUUUUGUCACAGAGCCCAGGAAGAUGUUCUUUGCUGCAUGUUUCUCUGAAAGCAUCUUUAACCAGGGAACGCAAAAGGACGAUGUUUUGACAUCUAGCACUUUGGAUGAUUCACCCAAAGAUCCAGAUGCUAAAGACACUCAGCUUGAAACAGGAAAUGACCCUCCGCUGUCCUCACCUGAGCAAAUCGGGAAGCUUGCAUUAGAGUCCACGGAGAGAGAACAAUAUGGACCAUCUCACAUAGAAUUAAGAACCAUUACUGCCAAAGACAAGAGUCCUAUUAAACACAGCUUAGAUACUGGAACAGAGGGUAAUGACUUAGCUGUCAACACUUUACGAAUCCUACGAUCACAACCAAGACUUAAGGUCUCAAUGACAGCUUCAAGGAUGCCCAAAAACUCAUCCAGUGGAAAAGAUGUUAUUGUGUCGGUUCCCUGUGUUGAAAAACCUCCUAACUACUCCCAAGUCCAAUACACCAGUCCGAUUAAGCUCAUGUUUGUAUCAGCAGUAAAGGAUAAGGGAGAGGUCAGAUACAGUCUCAAAUCGGCAAGCUCUGGUUCAAAUCCACAGGCAGAAGAAGCCUUUGAUCCAUAUGAAGAGUCUUCAUGGUCAGGUACGCCUGAGAAACAAACAAGCCAGAGUACUGAGUCCCCAACUUCAAAAGUAAAAUCAACUUCUUCACCACUAAAGUCUGCUACCUCACCUGUAAAAUCUGCUUGCUCACCAACCAAGUCGGCUUCUUCACCAGCAAAAUCUACCCCCUCAACAACCAAAUCAGCUUCUCUACUAAGCAAGUCUGUGUCUUCACCACGCAAGUCUGCCCCCUCAACACCCAAAUCAGCUUCUUCACCAAACAAAUCUGUGUCUCCACCAAGCAAGUCUGCCUCCUCACCCAAGUCAACUUCUUCAUCACCUAAAAUAGGUUCCAGAAGAUCGGGUGAAAGUACACCAACUAAGCGAGUAGCUGGCACUGAGAGCCAGAGAUCCCUGUGUGACUUAUCUUUUCAUGAAACCACUCCUCCAAAAAGGCGUCCAGGCCGGCCAAAAAAGCUGGGACCACAGCUAGAGCAAAAAGUGAAGAGACCAAUUGGGCGACCACGCAAGCAGAAAGCUGUAGAUUCAGAAACUGGGGAAAAAUCAACAAGUGGAAAGACAGUUUUACCAUCUGAUGCUGAGGAGAAUGCAAACAAGAACCUCAAAAUAACUGUUGUGUAUGGCCGUUCAAGGAGGAACAAGCGAAUGGUGUCCGAGGGCUUUGAACAGCUGCAAACAGAAUUUCAUGAUGCCUCUCAAGCAGUGGGCCUUAAAAGGGACUUGGGCAUUUUAAUGAACAGUUCUAGGACCAGCUCAGGUACAAUCAAAGCCACCUCAACAGAACCGUCAAAGGAUAUGAAGUUUCUCAUCCCUGUGAAAGAGUCCCCUCUAUCUAGCAGUAACAUUAAAUGUCAGAAGCAGGAUGAUGCUGUGCCCUCAAGGAAACCAGGUAGACCUGCAAAAGUCAAAAUCUCUGGAAUCUCAGUUACAGUAACCACAGUAUCACCUCGACAACGCAAGAUUCAGAUAAAGAGGGACACCAGGCAGUCUCCUAAAACACAAAUUCAUAAGAAAUUAUUUCUGACAGAAUUUAAAUCUGCCAAAGAAUCCAGGACAAUCAGUUAUCAGUCAACAAACCGAAGCUGUCAAACAGAGAAAGGGACAGAAUCAAAGAAUGAGAUCAAGGACAAACUGCCAAAUCAGUCUGUACCAGUGCGUCACUCAUUGAGAGUGAGAAAGCCCUCGAUCCACUUUCUGCAUGCGGUUGCCACCUCUACCUCUAGGUCAUACAGCCACAGUAAUGCUCUGCUCCGGCGCUCUAAACAACUUCUGCUUAACAAGGCCAGCAACGAAAAAAGGAAGGAGGAGCAGCAGCGCAGUGUUGAAACAUCGGGAGGUAAGAAACAGCUCUUUGGACAAGACAAGAGGAAGAGCAUCUCUCAGAACCUUAGCAGAGUAGCAGAGGUAUCUGUAGACUCAAUCUUCACUCCAAAAGAGACACUAAGAUGGUGGUCAUCAUCUACUGAGGAAAAGACAAUGAACCAUGAGCUUUCCAGGAGAAUACGAUUCAUCUCCGACACCUGGAUCUCAGACGGUGUGGGGAACGAAGAAAAAGAAAUUCCCCUUUAUUCUAAACUAGACAUCAAAGACAGCAAUUCAUUUACCACAAAGUCAAAACGUCCUUCAGCUGUUCGAACGCUGUUUGAUUGUUCUCCUAACAAACCAAGGUCUUGCAGCAUGCAGCAGCUCUGCUCCUGGUUCAUGCAGACCACAGAGACACAGUCCCUGGCUAUUGUCAAAAAGGCAAGCUCACGGAAUAAUGAACCUAGGCACUUUCCUCGUUCUACCCAUAACAAAAAUGUUUGCUAUAGCCCUCAAGCAGAACGACUCCGCAAACACAUCAAGAAGUUUGCCAAAACUGUGCCAAAAAGUCCUUUGCAACAUCAACUGGCUCAAAGACGCAUGAGGAAGAAGAAUGAGGCACCUCUGCAAACACGUAGUAUUAGGCGGCAGCUGUUUCUUCCCAGAUUUGCAUCAGACAAGUGCAAACAAGGAGUCCAAUGGCAGCAAAGCCUUGCUUUUAGAAAGUACCAGGCCACUGUAUUUAGGGCAAAGAAAAGGUUCUUAACCCGGAAAGAAAGGGAGAGGUGGCGAAUGAGACAGCAGAAUAAGAAAAACUUGAAAGUCACAAAUUCUUCAAAUGAACAACAAAAACACGAGGGGUUCCGCAGAUUAGCAAAAGACCAGUCUGAUUGUUUGGAGAGCAGAUCUGACAAAAGUUCUGUUGACCAAACUCGGGAGCCAGUGGAUGUACCCAAAGAGCAGAACCUCAGCUCAAAAGCCUGGAGUCCUGAGACAAUUAAGGAAUGUCGAGUGUUUCUGAGGAAGAUCAACUCUCCAGACAACGAAUCCACUGAGGAAGAGUGGGACUCCUGUACUGUGACACUGGAUGAUGGGUCACCCUCUGCAUAUGUAUUUGCAGCGAGGGAGAGAGAGUUGGUAGGAGUUGUUAAAGCUGUGAACACAAAAAGAGUAAGCAUUAAUAGGAGGAAAGCCUCCAGAGACCUGGCCACUAAUGCACCUAAAUCAGUCCAGGAGCAAGGUAGGAUGCCGGCAAGGAGGCGGAAAUGCAAAUACAAAAGUCCAGGAGUUUUGUCUACUGAAUCACCACAGCCACCACCAGCGAAAAUGUUGAGACAAUCGCGAAUGAGGGGUCUAACCGGGCCGAGAUGGUGCGACUUUGUGUUUGGUAACUACCUUGCUUCUUCUAUUGAAUAUCACUGAAGGCAUCUACAUUUAUAAAGCCUCCUCAAAUCAUCACAGUCAACUUGUGCUUCUGUUUCUUUUCCAACAGAAAACUAAGUGAAGCAUGAGGCCUCCUCCUCCUUCCUGGGAAAAGGACUGUGGUUUAACGUGGUGCCUUUUGACGUUGAGCUGACCACAUGGACUGACCAUCCCACUAUGGUUCAGUCUUACACUCAGCAAUUAUGUAGCAGUCUAACUUAACAAAAGCUUGAUGUUGCACUAUUUUUAUCCAUGGAUAUUUGUGUACAGAAUUUGUUUUUCUUAUUGUCAACUUCGCUUUGUCCUUCUGAACAUUUUUAGAUCAACCCCCUCAUGCCCCAUUAUUAAGCCCACCACUUCCCAAAAAAAGAUAUUAAUAUGGAACUAGUAGAACAUUUUAAAUAAUUGUUGCUGUACAACUGUUAAAUAUUCCAGCUUUUAUUUAUAGCUAUCCUUAGUUGGCACUGUUACAAGUCUCUAAUUUAAUAAUUUGUUCCAUAUUUUAGGUUUGAAAAACUGUUGAUUAGAUUAUCUUCCUUGUUUGCCACACUCACUGCUGUAGUUUGGCACAUCAGUAGUUUAAAAACAUGCUUUGAAUGAAGGAUUUUUUUUUUUUUACCCAGUUCCAAUAUGUAUAAACCCUAAACAUAAAAUCCUGUUGAAGUAAUUGGCUUGGACUGCACUAAAAUCACCUGAAGUAUCUAGAAAAGAAUAUUUUCAAAAAUCAGCACAAAACCACAUUAGCACUUAACGUAGAUAUUCUAAAUUACUGUAUAGUCUGUCACAACGAGCCACAACAAUCCACACCCACUAAUGAUACAGCUUGUUAAGUAAUGAAGAAAGUGUCACAAUGCAGUUGUAGAAAGUAGGUUCAGAUUAAUAUUUGGUCUGUGGGAUCGGACUCGUUUUAAUUUAUCUGUGAUUAUGUACACGUUUUCACACAAUGGAAUCUGGGUAAUGUCCAGAGAUUUGGGGUCCGACAUAAGCAUCCUGUUCUUGUGUCACCAACGCAACGGGACGCCAUCCCCCGUUCACAACAGCAGGAGAAUGUCUUUGUGAUUGUGUCAGAUCUUCUUGCACUAUUCCAUCUGAGAUUAUUAAUCCCACUACAUGGACACCUUACCCAUAUUUUUGCACAUCCCACGUCCCACAACCAAACCCCUACUGUAAAAACAAGAGAAUUUAUUUGGUGCAAUACAAACCCAGAUGAUUUAUCAGUAUGUAGUAAUUAUUUUUAUUGCUGACAGAUGAAUGGAUGUAAACACAUACCGAUGGCCUGGGAUGUUACUUCACUCGUCA